CUCUCUGCUUGUGCGGUUGGUUCGGUGGUGUAUCGGUUUCGGUCUCGGAUUCGGAUUCGAAUUCUUUUCUUUCUUUUUGCUUUCUUGCUGAUGCGGAUUCUCGUAUGCCCCACAGCGCCGCCACGUUUUUAGUAUUGAAGUAUCUAAAAAUUACAAGAAAUUCCACUUCAUUCGGCAGAGACGAGUAGCAGAAAAGGUUCUGGUGCUAUACACAAUUAGCUGAUGUGAAUGGGUUGGAGACAAAACAAGGAUAACGACAAAAGACAACAACUCAGUCAUCCGUUUACGGAAACCACAAGCAACUUGUAGAAAACUUUGCCUAGACCCGACAGCAACACAGAGCACCGCACAGACAAACAAAUCCAACAAAUGUCGGACACAACAUCUUUCGAAAUGGGCUCGGCCUCAGAUCGGCCACCAAAUAGAUUCCAAGUGAAUCCAGUCAAUGGCAACAGCCGCAAGUCACAGAACCCGCCACCCGAUGGGGCCGAUGCAGCGGGCGGUGACAGCGAUGGGCCACAUGAAGUUUAUCGCCGGCUGACCAACAUUGAUGGAGAACUGCUCGACGACGAUACAUUCGAUGCGACACAAAUGCUAAACAAACAGCAGCCCCGACAGCAGAGGCAAUCCAUCAAGAGCAGUUUUCGCGACAAGGAUAAGCCAUCGCGGUUCAAGGAUCUACAGACAACGACACGCUUUCAAGUGGAUCCCCUAAAUAAUGAAUCGGAUGACUCGAACGAUUCGCAAGAGGAGCGUGAACUCUUGGACAAUGAAUAUGAUACAAAAUAUGGUAAAAGUUUUCGACAUUUUACCCGUGAGGCGUUGCCACGUUUGGAUAACUAUCGUAACAUGAUGUCAAUACAGGCUGCCUAUCGUCCAACACUUGAUGAGCUACAUAAUGCUACACUUGUCGGCAAGAAUACGCACAGCUUGACGCGCAAUCAGGAUCCGGAGUCGGGCAUCAUGAAUGGCAUGUUGAAAUUUGGUUGGAUCAAAGGCGUACUCAUACGAUGCCUGCUUAACAUUUGGGGUGUCAUGCUCUUCCUACGUCUCAGCUGGGUGGUUGGCCAGGCUGGCAUCAUCGAGGGCUUCAUAUUAAUACUGACAACGACCGCUGUUACCACGAUUACUGCGCUGUCGAUGUCAGCGAUAAGCACUAAUGGCGUCAUAAAAGGAGGUGGCACCUACUACAUGAUAUCACGUUCACUGGGCCCUGAGUUUGGGGGCUCCAUUGGGCUGAUUUUCUCGCUAGCAAAUGCCGUCGCUUGUGCCAUGUAUGUGGUUGGCUUCUGCGAGUCCAUGACGGACAUGAUGAAGGUUCUGGGUUGGGAGAUUGUUGAUGGCGGCAUAGCGGAUGUACGCAUCAUAGGCUGUAUCACCAUAUUGCUGUUGCUGAUUAUUGUUGUCGUUGGCAUGGAAUGGGAGGCCAAGGCACAAAUCGGCCUGCUUGUGAUUUUGUUGGUGGCCAUUGCUGACUUUGUAAUUGGCAGCUUCAUUGGCCCAAAGUCCGAUGAGGAAAAGUCCAGGGGUUUCAUUGGCUAUAAUGCGACGCUGUUUCAAACAAAUCUCUUUGCCGACUAUCGCGAGGAGAAGGGUGUUCAACAAAAUUUCUUCUCCGUGUUCGCCAUUUUCUUCCCCGCUGCCACUGGCAUUUUGGCUGGUGCCAAUAUUUCCGGUGACCUAAAGGAUCCACAAAAAUCAAUACCCAAGGGCACAAUCUUAGCGAUUAUUAUCACCACGGGUACUUAUUUGAUAAUGGUCCUGCAAUGCGGUGGAGCUGUUGCUCGCGAUGCUACUGGCAAUGUUAGUCAGGCUCUGAAUGGCUCCUAUGAGUUUCUCAACUGCACGAACGUUGUCUGCAAGUAUGGCCUACAGCACUCGUUCCAGGUAAUUGAGCUGGUUUCUGGCUUUGGCCCGCUUAUCUAUGCUGGCUGCUUUGCGGCCACCUUGUCCUCGGCUCUCGCCAGUUUGGUGUCUGCCCCCAAGGUCUUUCAGGCUCUGUGCAAGGAUGAGCUGUAUCCAAAGAUUGUAUGGUUUGCCAAAGGUUUUGGAAAGAACAAUGAGCCAGUCCGUGGUUAUGUUCUCACCUUUAUUAUUGCCACAGCCUUCAUUUUGAUUGGAGAACUCAACUUGAUAGCUCCGCUCAUUUCAAAUUUCUUUUUGGCCGCCUACAUGUUGAUUAACUUUAGUACAUUCCAUGCCAGUUUGGCCAAACCAGUCGGCUGGCGUCCAACUUUUAAGUAUUACAAUAUGUGGCUGAGCCUGCUCGGGGCUGCUCUUUGUGUGGCUGUCAUGUUUCUGAUUUCAUGGGGCACGGCGCUUAUCACCUUCUCUGUAGUGUUGGCAUUGUACUUAAUCGUGGCAUAUCGCAAACCGGACGUUAACUGGGGCUCCACCACACAGGCACAAACGUAUAAGAAUGCCCUAAUGUCUGUUCAACAGCUGAACAAUGUGGAGGAGCAUGUGAAGAACUAUCGCCCCCAGAUUUUGGUGCUCUCGGGAUUGCCAAAUACACGUCCGGUCCUUGUUGACUUUGCUUAUAUGCUGACAAAGAAUCUAUCCCUGCUUGUCUGUGGUCAUGUGUUGCGAGGUUCCAGCUCACAAAAGUAUCGAAAUUACCUGCAGGAGCGUGCCACUAAUUGGUUUCGAAAACAUCGCGUCAAAGGCUUCUAUGCCCUGGUCGAUGGCGAAGAUUUUGAGGCCGGCACUCGAGCUCUUAUGCAGGCCUCGGGCAUUGGUAAAUUGAAGCCAAACAUCAUUCUGAUGGGCUACAAGACUGAUUGGCAAACAUGUGAGAAUAAAGAAUUGGAACAGUAUUUCAAUGUAAUGCAUAAGGCUCUGGAUAUGUAUCUCUCAGUGGCCAUAUUGCGUGUGCCCCAGGGACUCGACUGUUCACAGUUGCUUGGCUCACAGGAUGGCAGCUGGAAGACCGCCAAUAGCAUUGGCCUGGCCGAUGUGCCACGUACCCUGCAGCCGAAUGAAAGUUCCGGUGAUUUGCAUGCCACUGAGAACAAUGCACGGAAUGCAUUGAGUGGCAGCAUUGAUUCCCUUAGCCGGAAUGUUUCACAAGAGGAACGCAGCCGUCAAGAUAUGUCACAACCGGAGAACGGCCUGAAGAUGGUCAAAUCCUCCAGCACAAGCGACUUGUCAUUCAUAGCUGGUAAUCAGGUCAAAGACGUAUCAGGAUUGCCAGAUCCACUUGAAGUCAAUAAGACAACCAAUGUGCUGCCCAACACAUUACGAAAAUCAAAACAAAAACAUGACGAUCCAGCCUCGUUAUACAAGGGUCCUGGCGGUGUUGAGCUACCCAAAGAACUGUUGGCCGACCUCACACAAUUUACUCGUAAACGUAGCCAUGCCGUCAUCGAUGUCUGGUGGCUGUACGAUGAUGGUGGCCUCACUCUGCUGCUACCCUACAUUAUAAGUACGCGACGCACCUGGCAAUCAUGUAAAUUGAGAGUGUAUGCGCUGGCCAAUAAAAAAGCCGAACUGGAAUUCGAGCAGCGUUCAAUGGCCAGUCUAUUGUCAAAGUUUCGCAUUGAUUAUUCAGAUCUAACAUUAAUACCGGAUAUAACUAAAAAACCACUGGAAACAUCAACGCAAUUUUUCAACGAGCUUAUUAAGGACUUUGUGGUGAAUGACAAGGAUACAGAGAAUGGACACAGUAGCAAGGCAACGCUCAAUGACGAUGACGCUUUCAUUAGUGACGAUGACUUGGUGGCCGUACAGGACAAGACCAAUAGGUAUUUACGUUUGCGGGAAUAUCUGCAGGAGCAGUCAACCAAAUCGGAUAUGGUGGUGAUGACACUACCAAUGCCCCGAAAGAAUAUUGUCUCUGCUCCGCUUUAUAUGGCCUGGUUGGAGAGUCUAAGUCGUGAUAUGCCGCCCUUCCUGUUUGUGCGUGGCAAUCAGACGAGUGUAUUGACAUUUUACUCCUAAAAGUAGACAGCGAAUUUUUCUCAGUCCCACUGUCUCUUUCUCUCUCUGUCUCUAUCUCUCUAUUUCUAUCUUUUUCUUUCACUCUAUGUCUCUAUUGUAUUUUACUUACUCACAAAUACAAACACUCGGACACUCACACACAAUCACAGUUAUUGCUAUUAGUUAUACAAGUAUUUUUUAUAUCUAGCUGUACCAUCUCUGUACAUACACCCACACACUCCCACACACACACACACACUACGUUAUAUACAUACUUAUAUUUAUAUACAAACAUACAUAUAUACCUACUAGUAGUAUGUACUUGUGUAUUUGGCGCACAGCAGCACACUCAACGGUAAACGAGAGGAUAACAACAACAAUAACGACAAAAAAAAAACUACAACAAAAACAGCAAUAUGACCAUUAAUAAUAUUCAAUGCAUAAAUAAGUAACUGUAUAAAAUCAUGUUGUCCCUCCACCAUAGCAAAACACACACACACAAACACACACACAGUUUCUUCUUACAGAUUUUCAAUUUUCAAAUUGUUGUAUGUAAUUUACCUUGCUCGAUAAUAAGGAAGUCAUAUUCUCAUCGGAUUUGAUCAAAAUUAAUGUCAAUUUUUGAAUUUUAAAUUAUAAUAUGAAAAUAAAGACAAAGCUUUUUAACAUCGCCAAAUAAUUGUA